ACCCCUAAAUGAAAUAGUGCUAACAGUUAGUCAUUAUGCCUAUUUGAAGUCACCUGUAGACGGGGGGAAAAUACGCAUGGUGUGGUUUCCUGGUUUCAAAUACAUUUCUGACGUAGAGACGUCUGCUGCAUUGCAUAGGGUGCUAGGCUACACCACAGUGUGAAGCUUCUAAUUCAAAACGCACAGUGAGGGCAGCGAAGACGAAGGAGGAGUUGAACACAAGCUCCGAGCAAAAACUUCCCUUGUCAAUGUCUAUGUGGGCCUCGCGGUGUGCAGCACGUCUGGGACAGAAACACUUCGGAUUGUAAAAAUAAACAAACGUUUGUGACUAACUAAAGAGAGGAGCAUGUACAUUCAAACACGGAGACAUUCGUUUGAGCUGUUAUUCAAGUGUGUAACGGUUAGUUAAAAUAAUGGAAAUUGGGGAAGUAUGGUUUUGCGUGUUAUUGAACGACUUGGAGAGCGCGCACCUACGGAAAGGGUAAUAACAUGCAAACGGAUUGGGAGAGGAGGACACUGGUGAAGAAGUGACUAUUUAAUUCCACAAAGAAAUUGUGAGAGAAUUGUGACAGGUAUGAAUAACGGCACGAUAAAAGAUGGGCCCCGAGAGCCUACUAUUCCGGUGAUUAUGUUUAUUUUAGGAGUGGUGGGGAAUGUUAUCGCCAUCGUGGUGCUCCGAAAGUCUCGGAAAGAACAGAAGGAGACCACCUUCUACACGCUGGUGUGUGGGCUUGCAGUGACCGACCUUUUGGGCACGCUGCUGGCCAGCCCCGUCACCAUCGCCACCCGUGUGCAAGGGAAGUGGCCGGGAGGAGAGUCACUGUGUCAGUACUCCGGCUUCAUCCUUCUCUUCUUCUUUCUGGUCGGCCUCAGCAUUAUCUGUGCCAUGUCCAUAGAGAGAUACUUGGCCAUAAAUCAUGCAUAUUUCUACAACCAUUACGUGGACCAAAGACUUGCUGCGUUGACGCUUGCGGGAAUCUACAUCUCCAACGUGCUGUUCUGCGCGCUGCCUGCCAUGGGACUCGGUAAGGUGAAAAAGCAGUUCCCAGAGACCUGGUGCUUCAUCGACUGGCGGACUAACGACUCCACGCACGCUGCCUUCUCCUAUAUGUAUGCCGGGGUGAGCUCUUUCCUCAUCCUCACCACGGUCAUAUGCAACGUACUGGUGUGCGGGGCGCUGAUUAUGAUGCACAGGCGGUUCAUCCGCAGGACAUCGCUGGGUACGGAACAGGGAGGUCGCAUAGCUGUCCUCAGGCGCAGACGGAGCUUCCAACGCAUGGCCGGCGCAGAGAUCCAGAUGGUCAUUCUGCUCAUCGCUACCUCUGUGGUGGUUCUCAUCUGCUCCAUACCUUUAGUGCUGCGAGUGUUUGUGAACCAGCUGUCUAUGGUUGCGUUCGAUGCCCAUUCAACUCCCCUGGAGAAGAACCCAGAUCUCCACGCCAUCCGCAUUGCCUCCAUCAACCCUAUCCUGGAUCCCUGGAUCUACAUCCUGCUGAGGAAGACUGUCCUGCUGAAGCUGGUGGAAAAGAUCAAGUGUCUGUUCUGCCGUAUGGGCUCCCGGGGGCGGGGCUCAGGGGUCAGGGGUCAAUUUCGCUGCGGAGGUGAAGGUCAUCCGAAUUCGUCCAUCGUAUCCCGGGAUUCGCCGUCGCUGGUGUCCCGCGAGCUGAGGGAGGUCAUCAGUACUUCACAGACGUUUCUUUAUUUGCCGGAGGGGACCGGGGGGGGGUCUAGAGGGACAGGGACAGGGGGAGAGGGAAGACCCAGCCCCCCGGCUGUGGAGUGCUCCCUGCUACAGGACCAACAGACACCAGGGGGGAAGGGGAUGCAAAAUGAUUCCAAAAAGGGCACUUUAGGCCCCAGUAUAUCAAUGAGGACAGAUGGGACAGUUGAUCCUUCACCUCUGAACAGGGUGCCAUCGGUCAGAAAAGACAAGACUCUACAUGUGACGUUUACAGACGAGACACUGAACUUACAGGAGAAAUGCAUCUGACGGACACAAACACAAACUCCACAAGAGUGGCGGAUAACACAGAAAAGUCACAGUGGGGAAAAAGGACAUCUAAUAGCCUUAAAGGUUGGGACUUCUGAAGGGUUAAACUCAUAAGGAAAAUGUUUCCCUGUGUCAUGUUUGUACUCUUAUAACAACAACUACAUGAAGCAAAUAAGACUGGGAGUUGGUUUAGUUCAUCAGUGAUGCUCCUAGCUGAAGCAUGAGGUCCUGUUUAGGGUUCGGUCAAAAUGUCACAUGGUGCCAAUGUGGAUUGUAUGAGAUUGGAUCUAUUUACAUAGAUCAUAUAUUGGAUCUAUUAUAUAUGUCACAUUCUUAUUACAAGAAUACCAAUAUAAACAUAUACCAGCACACACAUCAGUAAUGAACAUAAAAUGUAAUUUCACCUUUAUAAAGACAAGGAGAUUUCAUUGCACUUUUCAAAAACUCAAACCCACUGAAAGGCACUAAAUGCUACCAUGCUAUCAUAGUGCUAUCUGAGAUCCUUGGGACUUCCACACCCCCUAAACCCUAACUAAACCAGAACAUUUACCUAAUCAUGACCGUAACAUUUUAAACUACAAAGGGGUAGGGACAUCCCAACAAUCCCAGAUAGCGAGGACCACUACUUACCACUGGCCUCCACCAAUACAAUUGUUGUGAUACACUGUAUAAUCCUGAGGCUACAAUGUGAAUUGUGUCCCAUAACAUCAAAUUAUUUCAGAAAGAAAAAAUAUGUUUCUUCUCUGUGAGAAGGUCUAGCUAGUUUGUAUCCAUGUCAAAUUGCUACAAAAUGGAUUGAAAUUGUAUGUUAUAUUUCAACAUUUGCAAACAAUUGUAUCAUAUUGGUUGACUUGGCAGUUUCAAAACAAUGCCUGAAGUAUAAAAAUACAGCAAAACUAUUGAGCAUAUAAUCCCAUACAAAAGACUAAGGAGUCAAAACAACAAAAACAAACAAAACACCCAUUUCAGUCCAUAAGAUCCAUUCUAGCCCAUAAGUCCUUAGAGACAGAUCAUAGUCCCCGUGCUUUGACCAACUGAUCCUGUGAUGAAGAGGGUAUGUCCCCUGACCCCGCCUCCUCCACAGGUAUCUCCCUAGAAUUCCCCUCAGCGUCGACAACCACGACUGUCCUCUUCAGUUCCUCAUAGCGUCUCUGUCUCUCGGCUACGGCAGCGCAGGCCACCACCACCUCGUCUGACUCAAAGUCGUAGUCCUGCUGGAGCUCUGGAGGGUUCAGGACAUCCCGUUGGGCCUCCUCCUCCCGCUGGGUCUGGUUCUGGGCCGUCCGUCUCUGCUGCAGCAGCUGCCGCGCCCACGCCAGGUCAUCCGACCAGAGGGGGCGCUCUGACGGACACAGGUGGACCGCUACCUGGAAGGACCUCACCGCCUGUUGACAGGAGGAAGACCUUUGUGCUAUUUUCCUUUCUGUUAACAUCUUUUUAUUGAUUUAAGAUUAACACAAAUGACUGGUAAUACCCACAGAGCUCGAUGAGCAGUCACCAUCCUUCAUCCUAAUGUGGUUCAUCAGGUCAGCCGUAAAGACUGGUUUAGGUUGGCUACAUAUACUUUGCUGCAUUUUAUUCAGAAGGAAGCAGCAUUUUCAGGUGUUUUACAGUUAAUAUGCCUCUAAUCAAUAAUAAAGAAAUGUAAUUUCUCUAAUGAAGGACAAUAAUUGUUGUGGAGAAGAUGAAGUAUAAAAAUCCAGCAAGACUAUUGAGCAUAUAAUUCCAUGCAUUUGACUCUGUUACUUGUACUGAGCUUGUACAGAUAGGAUCUUCAUUUGACCUGUAUUGUCGCAGAAAAAUAAUCCUGCAGCAACAGGAUUUGGACGUUUAGUCCAUAAUGUUGCCUAAUCAAUGGUUAGGCUAUUAGUUGGUCAAAACGAGGCUACAUAAAAAGUGGAAUAUUAUUAAUAUAACCAUGUGUUAGUGUGCGUGUUCAGUGAAUUGAUGUAAAUCACAAAGAUUCUAUGCAUUUCCUGCGGCGCAAAAGAGUGAUCAAAUUAAGAUCCUACAGCUUGUAUGGUUGAAAUAACAAAGGGGAUUUACAUUGCUGUUGUCUUUUGUUCAAAUUACACUUUAUAGGUGCAUGGCAUUACUUUCCCCCAAUUAAAUGAUAUCAGUGAACUGAAAUGUGCUUUUGGAUGCUUUGCUUUUAAUGUGGCUAAAGAAAAGAGAUACAGUAUGUUUCUAAGUUUAAAAUAUUAAAUUAAGGAUUUCAAAGUUUAAAAUGAA